AUGUCGCACCAGACUGGCAUUAAGGCUAAUGCCGAGCUGUUGAAAUUUUUCGGUAAAUGCAAGGAUGGAAAAACGAGAGUAUUGAAAGUUUCAAUUGAUAAUGAGGAGCUGCGGUUGGUGAGCCAUAACGAUGUAAAACGAGACUGGGAAAAGGAUUACGACGCAUUGGUGAGACCUCUGAUCGAGGAAAGCACGCCAUGCUACAUACUCUAUAGACUGGAUUAUAAAAUUCCUACUGGGUACGCAUGGCUACUAAUGAGCUGGGUGCCAGAAUCAGCGACGGUGCGACAGAAAAUGCUAUACGCUUCAACAAAGGCAACGCUAAAACUAGAGUUCGGUUCAGGCCACAUUAAAGAGGAACUAAAUGCAACGUCCAAGGAAGAAACUACCCUACAGGGAUAUCAGAAACAUAAAGUUGAUUUUAGCUCUCCGGCACCUCUGACGAGCCGAGAGGAAGAGUUGGCUGAGCUACGGAAAACUGAGGUAAAGACAGAUUUCGGCAUCGACACGAAACAACAAACGCUUGGUGGUAUCAACUGUCCGAUUUCGGACGCGGUUGCACAAGCCUUGCAUGAUAUGCGCCGAGGCGGGUAUAACUAUUUACAGUUCCGCAUCGAUCUUGAAGAAGAAAAAAUUCAUUUAGUGAAGGCGGCCAACAUCGAGCUGAAUGCACUGCCAGCGCAAAUCCCGACCGAUCAUGCACGCUACCAUAUGUAUAUUUUCAAGCACCAUCACGAAGAAAAAUAUUUAGAGAGCGUCGUUUUUGUCUACUCUAUGCCCGGAUACAGCUGCUCAAUCAGAGAGAGAAUGAUGUAUUCCAGCUGUAAGGGACCUUUUUCUGCGACCAUUGAAAAACAUGGCAUCGAGGUGGCGAAAAAGCUUGAAAUUGACGACGGAGCAGAGCUCACAGAAGAGUUUCUGCACGAAGAGCUUCAUCCGCGGAAGCUCAACCUUCGGCCUCAAUUUUCAAAGCCGAAAGGACCACCAAGCCGCGGAGCCAAAAGACUGACAAAACCACAGGCUGUAGAAUAGAAUGUGAAUGGUGCUAAAAUUUGGCCGAAAGAAUCGAUUAUUGACGGGGUAACACUAAAAGGCUACGCUGAACUGGCUACCGACUACCCACCUUUCAUUGCAUUUCACAAACGCAUUGUGGUAAUGCAACACUAUCGUACGUUUUUGUCUGAGUAAAAACUAACUUAUUGAACCCAUUUCACGUAGUUCAAGCAUCUAAGAACAACGGUCAAGUGGCAGUGGCAAGUACGAACAUCCACAUGAGAAUCAAUCUACCAUCUUCAAACAAUCCUUACAAUUUCUCCAUGAAACGUGUACAGUAUCGAAAGUAUUAUUCAUACAAAACACAAUUUAAGAAACAUAUUUUAUUUUGAGAAGAGUAAACAUGUGUGCGAAAGGGCAUUUCUCGAAAUUCAAAUUUUACUACUGUGGUUUUCAAUGUUCGGCAUACACAUGCAUCACGACUACCAAAAAGGCAUUCGUCGUUAAAUAUUCGGCCAUCGAAUACAGGAUAUUAUACUCGCUAUUCGCUGCCUUUUUUAGUUGAAGCUCCUCGAGCGCAAAUUUAUUUAUACAUAUGCACGUAAGUAUGGGACGUAUUGUCUGUAGAGAGGCUCAAUUGUGGGAAGCUAGCAUUAUCUAACAAUAUUAUGAUUUUCUUGCGCAAGCUCAAACUAUCCAAUAAAAUUGUUCAAUAAUGA